UACGGGCCCCGCACUUUCAAGGGCCCCGCGCUUGCUCCAUUACUAUAGUACUAUACCGCCUUCAACUUUUAUGAACGACUGGGUGUUUAAAGUUAUCGCUUUGUCGUAUUACCUGGCUGUAUUGCAAAUUACUUUACUAUGCGCGAAAAACAUUUGUGUUUUAAUGUUUAUUUUUUUAUAUAUAUUCAGGGACCCUUUCUAACAUUCGCUACAUGCCCCGCACGAGCUUAAUCCGACGUGGAGAGUGGCUCGCACCCGCACGAGGGCCGGCACGAGCAGCGCCACGCCCGGCCGCCUUUGUUUCCCCAGCGCUGCUGUUGGCGAGCCCCGGUGCCACGUGGCGGCAGCGGCGGCAGCAGCAAGCGGCCCUUGGGGCGCACUGAGCGACCCGGAAACAAACACCGACUUGGGUGGUGCACUGCAGGAGGAGCAGCAGCAGCAGCAUCAUCAGCAUCAUCAUCAGCGUCAGUGUUUGUCAGCGGACGAGGCUCGCGCGUUCACGGCUCUCUCCUCUCUCUGCCUGGGGUCUCGAGCUGCUGCUGCUGCUGCUGGUGGCUGCGGCCGAGACGGUGGUGACCGAGGCGCCGAAGGAAUCUUCCGCCGACACGCCCGCCGUCCUGGGCCUCCUCGAGGUGCACCUAGCCUGGCACUGAGCGACGAUGGGGACGAAUCCCGAGAGCGCGGAUCUCCCUCCGGCCACCGACACAGCAGUGGCCACUCCUCAGGGAGAACUUGAGCGGCCCACGAUGGAGAGCCUGCUCCAGCGAGCCAACGAGCAAGAUGCACAUGCCCAAAUAGAGGUGGCCAAGCAAUACUUGAAGAAGGCGGUGGAGUCGGGCAACGAGGAUCACAACAGGACUGCCGUCGGGUGGCUGAUCAAGGCGGCCACCGAGGGGAAGAAGGAUGCCGCCAACUUGCUCCAGCAGUGCGUGCGGCUCAACAAAGGCAUUUGCGCGGAGAACGCGGAAAAGGCGUGCAAGCUGGCGCAGGAGACGGACUUCGAGCGCUCGCUGCGCAAGGCCGCACGCCGCAUGGCCGCCUCGCUCAACCCCAGGCGGAGGCUCCAGCGCAGCGCCGCCGCCGCUGUCACCGCCGCGACUCCGCCUGCCGACUCCCCCAGCACGAGCGAGCCCGCCGAAUCGCACGCCGAUGUCCCCGAGGGAAACGGGGAGAAGCUUCGCCAGCAUUUGGCACCCAGUGUCUGUGCCGCCGGCCGAAACGCACCGGUCUGCGCUUCUGACGAUGCUGGCGAAGUAGCGGAAGAGAGAAAAUUCGACAGGCAGCGGAAAAUCCUGCGAAGAUUCAUGAGUUUCCAAGGCAUGGCAACGGGGACGAAAGAUCUGUGCACGGACGACCUCCUGGACAUGACCAAGGGCUACCUGAGCGGCGCUUACGCCCGGCCGCCCAUUCCCCUAGUUGCUGCCGGGGUGGACGAGCCAGAGAUGGACGGACCGCUGGACGGGUCCCAGCCGGCGCUGCUGCCCUCCAGGGACAAGCUCAUGCAGUACCCACUCCAGGCAGUGCUGGAGGUGAAGGACUAUGUGGUGGAAAUGGCCUCCAAAGUGGGCAUGCAGUGGCUACAGGCCGCCCUCCCGCUCAACCAGAUCAACACCAUCAUCUUCUUCUUCAUUCUCAGCAGCCUCACCAUCGACUUCCUGGGUUUCAUUAUCCCACUCAUCAUCUUCUAUCUUGCCUUCGUUUCUAUGGUGAUCUGCACGCUGCGCGUGGUGCAGCUGGGCAAGGCGUGGGAGGAGUUCCGCACGUGGACCAACGUGGUGCUCGAAUACGAGCCCUGCCUCGACGUGGCGGAGGCCGAGGCCCAGUUCGGCUGGUCGCACCUCGAGCCCUACCUACACUUCCUGCUGUCGGCGCUCUUCACCGUCCUGUCAUACCCGUUGGCGGCGCGCGCCUGGCUGCCCUGUUCCGAGCUCGCCGUGCUGUCGGCCGUGCUGGCCAUCGCCGGAUAUUACACGGGCACGGGGCAGGCGGGACGCGUCCAGACGCACGCCCGCAAUGCCCUCCUCGCGCAGGUGGCCAUAUCAGCCCUGCAGGGCCUGGCCUCCCUGCCCGCCGAAGCCCCGCUCGCCUGGCUCCUGCGGCCCCUCGGCGAGAGCCACCUGACGCUGCCGCUGGCGCUGCCGUCGCCGAGCGUCGCUCCGUCCCUCGCCCCCUCGCUCCGCCUCAACCUGGGCCUGCCCGCUCUGCUCUACGCCCUCCUCGUCUACUCGCUGUACCGCGUGGCGGCGGGCGCCCGCGGGGGCGGCGGCGGCGGCUACCGGGGUGCGUGCUGCGCGCUGGCGCCGCACGUCGUCUGCUUCGUGUGGUGGGAGCUGUCGGCCGAGCUUCUCUCGAGCGGCGCGACGGCGCUGGGGCUGCUGCGCGCCUCCGUGGGCUACGCGCUCUUCGUGUUCGCGCUGCCCGUGCUGGCCAUCGGGCUGUGCGCCGCCGCCGCGUUCCACUGCGUGCGCUGGCUCGUGGCGCUCGAGUUCGCCAAGGUGGGCGUCACGCUGGCGCUGUGCGCCGUGCCCGUGCUGCUGCGCUACUGGAACCGAGCCUCGGCCGCGCAGACGCCCAGCCCCGGGCACACAUCGCCCGUCAGGCUCAUCCUCUUCUGGCUGACAACGGUCGCGGCGCUGAGUUUCCUGAACGCCACGCGGUUGGAGCGCACCGCGCGGCCCUACAACUCCCCCGUGUCGCUCGAGGCCUACGUGGCCGCGUGCGGGCCCGACGCCUGGCAGCAGAGCAGCAUGGCGCACACGCAGUACAUGUGCGCUCACCUGGAGGGACACAGAGUGACGUGGGUGGGCCAGCUGAAGCAGGUUCGCAUCUUGGAGACGGAGAACGCCCUGGAGACCUUCCUGGGCCUCCUGCCGCUGCCCGUCGCGCGCUGGAUGCGCUGCGUCUAUGGCGACAAGUACCCUCCGUGCAACAGCAGCGAGCGCAAGCUGACGGCCAGCGAGGAGCGCCUGUGCCGCACGCCCCUGCCGGCGCGUCACCCGUGCCACCUCAAGCGCCUCGACCGCUACAAGUUCGAGCUGACCCUCGUGACCCUGGGGCCGGGCGCCGCCGACUCCCAGCGCGACGUCUACCUGCGGGGCGGCAACGAGUUCCGCGAACUGCUGCUGCGCGUGCCGCACGGCAGCAAGAUGGAGGUGAGCACGCGGCUCGAGGGGCCCGGCCUGGGCGCCAGGUGGCCGGCGUUCGACCUGCGGGCCGCGCGCUGCCUCGGCUGCUCGGCGAACGAGGGCUGGGAGGAGGCGCAGGAGGAGGAGGAGGGGGGGGGAGGCGCCGGGCCGGCGCUCGGGCGGCGAUUCCUCAAGGUGGAGUACGACUGGUGGAGCACGGCGCUCAGCGGGGUCAAGUUCGCCUUCAACUUCUUUUUCUCGCCCCUGCUCAGCGUCGAGCUGGACUGAAUCGCCGGGGCGACAACGGUGCCUGGAGGGGCUCGUUUGCUGCGAACGGGAUUGCUGUCCCCGAGCGCGAUUGGGAAAUAAGCCUCGUGUUUGGAUUAAAGAUGUGCGUUGCAAAAGUGCGCCCCUGUUUACGCACAGUUAGUUUUGUUUUCGGUUACUGAGGCGUUGUUGUUUGGUACGCGGCGAAGUUGUCAACCUGCUCGCCGGUAGAGAAGUUUGCACGUCACUAAAUGGGUCAUUUCCUGUUAUGUCAACGGGUGUAUUUUCAAUGUCUUGCCAUUGUUGACAACGUUAUGCCGUUUGUCAAUUUCGUCGCCGCAAUACCAAAAUAAAGAAUGGACUUAAAGCUGCCAAGGGGUUUCCUAGUUCCCUUAAGCUUGAUAUUAAACUGGGGAAACCUCCCCACACACAAUAUCAGCCGAGUCUAUAAAAGAAAUUCGCUUCAAGCCGAAACAAUAUUUUUAAGAUUCAAUGCCAACGUGUGAACAUCGCUAUUUGUGUGGAGACAUAUGUUGAGGCGAACUACGAAGGUGGCAACACCAUGCUGUAGAACUAACCACACCAUCACAGCGGUGGCAAGGUUCACAGCUUGCAUCCGGGGCCAAGCGAAUCGCCCGCUAUCUGCGCGUUGCCCGCGUGCGUUGGCUGCCCUCGUGCUGUAACGGCCUUCGAGAUGCAUCGAUUAUCCGAGCACGCACAGUGCUGCACUCUUCCCUCUUGCUUGUAAACGGCGCGAAGGUCUUUCCGUAAAGCCACGGUAAGCGCGGUGUAUUUUACACAUCUGUCCCCAGGCCGGUGGCCGCUUCACGGUACAUUACCUACUAACAAAUGGAUCAUGAAAUGCACGAACAUGUAACCCCAUAUUAUCCUGAUAAGAGUGCGCCUGCGUUGCAUGCACAUUAAUCUAUAAAUCAGGCCACACAGAGGGGAGGGGGUCUGCUCGGUUCUGCAUUGAUAACGUGCCAGUGUGUGCUUGGAAUGUAUAAUUAUAGUGCACAAUAAAGGCUUAGGAUUGUGAAAGUGUAUCACACCGACGGUUAUGUAAAUAGCACGAGUCUUGAAUUUCAUGUAGAAACAAGCGUUUUAGAGUACUUGGAUGCUAUACAUUUCCACGUGAAAAGCCACUUCCUUGAGCUAUAAUUUGUGGUCUGGUCGCUUCUGAAAUAGAGCUGUACAGCUCAGUGA